GAAAACAGACUAUAUAAAGCAAAGAAGAAAUUGAAGAUGCACGUUAUACAACAUGAUGAAACUCAUUCUCUUCGCAACACUUUUCGUGGUGGCUCUUGCCGAGAAGCCCUAUUUAGGCUUCAACUUGCCCUUAUUUUCCCCACGUAUCGUUGGUGGAGAAAAUGCAAAUAAAGGAGAAUUUCCCUAUCAAGUAUCCUUGCAAUGGGGUUUAACUUCUUCUAGACUACAACAUUUCUGCGGUGGAUCGAUCCUAAACGAAAAAUGGAUUUUAACUGCUGGACAUUGUAUUAUAGCUGUUCCAAGUUUCGGAACGUUCGUUGUAAAAGCCGGAAAACAUAAUAUUCGUUCCAUCGAAAAUACGGAACGAACUAGUAAAGUAAAAAGGACUAUCGUACAUAAAUCCUAUCCUGGUGGCGUUGCUCCUUACGAUAUAGCUCUUGUCGAACUACAGACACCUUUGUCCUUCAACAACAACAUAUCCCCAGUAAAUUUACCAAACUCUGGAGAAAUACCAACCGGUAAUGUCCUUCUCAGUGGUUGGGGAUCAAUAUCGAAAUCUUCUAUCGCAGAAAUGCCCGAUAUUUUGCAAAAAGCGAAUCUCCCACUCAUCAAUAUAAGUACAUGUCAUAAAGCAUUAAAUGAUUUGAUUGGACCAUCACCUCUUGACGACACCAAUGUUUGCACUGGUCCCUUGACCGGAGGAUAUUCAGCUUGCAGUGGUGAUUCUGGUGGCCCUCUCGUUAAGAAAUCUAACGGGGAAACUAAAUUAAUUGGUAUCGUUUCUUGGGGUAUCAUACCAUGUGGUACUACUGGUGCACCAUCCGUCUACACGAGAGUUUCCGCAUUCAAGGAUUGGAUCCUAGAGAAUAUUAAGAAGCCUUAUCCGGGUUUUAAGUCGCCCUCAUUUUCACCACGUAUGAUUAGUGGAGCAGAUGCAAAAAAAGGUGAAUUUCCUUAUCAAGUUUCCUUGCAAUGGGGUUUAACUGUUUCUAGGCUACAACACUUUUGCGGUGGAGCGAUCAUAAACGAGAAUUGGAUUCUAACUGCCGGACAUUGUAUUUUGUCUGUACCACGUUACGGCAAGUUCUUUAUAAAAGCUGGAAAAUAUAAUAUUCGUUCUAUCGAAAAUACGGAACAAAGUAUUGAAGUAGAAAAGGCCAUCAUACAUGAAUCCUACAUUGGUGGCGUUGCUCCCUACGACAUAGCUUUGCUAAAACUAAAAACACCAUUGAUAUUGAGCUAUACAAUAUCCCCAGUGAAUUUACCAGUAAAUGGAAGCACACCAAAGCCAUAUUUAAAGCCUUUUUUCAGCGGUUGGGGAUCCGUAUCGUCUGCUUCUUUCACAGAAAUGGCUGAUAAUUUGCAAAAAGCAAAUCCUACGAUUCUAUCUUUUUAUAAAUGUGAUGAACGCUUGAAAAAUCUGAUUGGAUCAUCGCCUCUUCACGUAACCAAUAUUUGCACUGAGUCCUUGAACGACGUCAAUCCUUGCAGUGGUGAUUCUGGUGGUCCACUCGUUUAUAAGAAUUCUGCUAAAUUACCUGAAAUAAUUGGUAUAGUUUCAUGGGGUAUUCAACCAUGUGGUACUCGUAAUGCACCAUCCAUCUAUACCCUAGUUUCUGCAUUCUCUGAAUGGAUCCAAACCAAUAUUAAUAAAAAUUAAUUGUAUAUUUGUUA